GGAACAAAAACCAUUCAAAUACCACAACACAUUCACAUGAUACUCUCACACACAUACAGGGGGUACAGAUGCCGCAGAUUUUAUGAGAGGUGGCAUUGUCUUCAUUGCUUCUGGAUAAGGACUUUCACCCUGUCAGGUCUCCUCUUGCUGUGAUUUCAGAGCAUGCGCGAUUUACAUUUUGCGAUUAACUAGAGAAAAAACGAUACACUUUGCGUAUUUGACUAACUUAUAUAGUGUGCAAAAUGACACGCACUGUGUUUUUGGCUCUGUUCGCUGCAAACUGUUUUAUACUGGAGAGCUCGUGCAGUUUUCAGAGCAGGGACAUCCAGAGAUUUACUAAGGUGUUAGGGUUUUCUUGGGAAAACUGCGGUAAGCAAGGUGAUGCUGCACAGAUGAAGACACUGAAAGUCUCUCCCGAUCCCAUUUCUAUUCCUGGACACUUGACAGCAGAGGCAUCGGGCACCACAUCCGUAGCGUUGACCUCUCCACUUUCUGUGAAUGUGACACUGAAAAGAGAAGUGGCUGGUUUGUGGGUGAAAAUACCAUGUAUAGAGGAAAUAGGAAGUUGUCAUUAUCCUAAUGUCUGUGACUUGCUCGAUCAACUAUUUCCUCCAGGACAAGACUGUCCUGAGCCUCUGCAUACAUAUGGCCUGCCCUGCCAUUGUCCAUUUAAAGCUGGUGACUACGCAUUUCCAUCGUCAGAUAUCACCAUACCUGAUAUUGAACUCCCCAGUUUCCUGACCAAUGGCAACUAUAAAGUGCAGGGUGUUUUAGGAAAUUCUGACGGAGAGUUGGGUUGCCUCGAUAUCAGCUUUUCUUUACACUCCCAAAACUAACACAAACCGAGAUCAAGGUUUCUGUUCCGGGUUUUGGGCUAGUGCUUGCAUAGGCAAAUGAGAAGUAGUGUACCAACCUAAAGGAGUUUAUUACUGUACACGGUACAAAUCAGUUUUAAGUGACAGAAUCCACAGAAAUUGUUGGCCUAUUUGCUAUACUUAUUUUUAAUUUCAAAUCUUCAUCUCAUUAUCUUAUUCAAUUGUAUUUUAAAUCAGCUCUAAAACCAGCAAACAAUGAGAUUUGUGAUUACUUUAAAUCACACUGUGAUUACUACUGUUUGACUUGUAAUCAGGUUUUUUAAAUGAAGUUUUAAAUACUGUAAGUGAGACUUUGUUCUCUUGCUGAUUUGUAUGCAGGUCUCAUGUGAUCAAUUAUGUUUUCUCAAUCAGUGCUUUUUAAUAAACAAUUGAAUUUUAGAAGUUUA